AGCCUCUGAAUCCGCUCUGACCCAAUCACACACUGGCUAACAGAUCACUUCACACACACACAGCCCUCCCUUUUCCUCCUCUUCAUCCUCCUCCUCUCUCUCUCUUUCGCUCACUCGCUCCUCUCGCUUACUCGCUUUCUCCAUCACUCGCUCUCCCUCGUUCUCUUGCUCUGAACACUUCCUUUGGUAGCGGAGGAGUGUGUAACUGUGUGUGUGUGUCCAGUGCAGGGAUAGCAGAGGAGAGAGAGAGAUAAAGACGGAGACAGAGACAGAAUGCCAGCAGAGUGACAGCCAGCAGUCAGUAACAGGACAGAGAGAGAAGAGAGAGGACCUUGAGACUACGACUAACUCGUGAAUAAGAGUAUAGAUGCUGAGUGUGUGAUAGAAAGCGAGGAGCAUCAGACACCAGUGGACAUCAUCUUUCCAGACCAAGUUCUUCUGAGAUUGCAGAUACAACAAGGUUCAGAGUAAAGAAAGAUCCACACCCUUCUGACUCCACCUCACAUCCUGCCCCUAACAGGCAGCACAGAAGUCCCCUCACUCGCCACUGUCAGCUGUAUGGAUAACCCAAGCUGGGCAGAAACCAAACCAGGAACUGGCUUGUGUAAGCAGCAGGGAACCAUUGCUCUUUUUGGCAACGUGGUGUACAGCGGCCUGCUCAACGAACAUAUCUGGCAUUUCGGGAUACCCAUCGUCACCAGACUGGGUAACCAAGAGGCACCAGCCCCUCCUGAAGCGAUGGCCCAGCCCUACCCACCAGCCCAGUACCCCCCUCCCCCCCAGAACGGCAUCCCAGCGGAGUACACCGCCCCCCACCCUCCUCACCCCCAUCCGCCGGCAGACUACACGGGGCAGAGUGCAGUGGCUGAGCACGCCCUAACGCUGUACGCAGCCACACAGACACACAGCGAACAGACCGGCAACGAGAACAACACACCCACCCUCACCGCCACUACAGUAUCGCAGGCAGAAGAGGUUGCGCAAACGGAGGGCUCCCAUCAGCUCCACCUGCAGCAGUGUGAUUCAUCAGAGAAGCAGCAGCCCAAACGGUUACAUGUCUCCAACAUCCCUUUCCGCUUCAGAGACCCAGACCUCAGGCAAAUGUUUGGGCAAUUUGGGAAGAUUUUAGACGUGGAAAUAAUUUUUAACGAGCGAGGUUCCAAGGGUUUUGGGUUUGUAACAUUUGAAACGAGUGCAGAUGCGGACCGUGCGCGGGAGAAACUAAAUGGUACAAUCGUAGAGGGACGCAAAAUAGAGGUCAACAACGCAACAGCAAGAGUAAUGACAAACAAAAAGGUGUCAAACCCUUACACAAAUGGCUGGAAGCUGAACCCCAUGGUGGGAGCUGUCUAUGGUCCUGAAUUGUAUGCAGUGGCAGGUUUUCCCUACCCUAGUACAGGAGCGACGGUAGCCUAUCGCGGAGCUCAUUUCAGAGGAAGGGGGCGGGCCGUCUACAACACAUUCCGCGCCGCGCCCCCACCCCCACCCAUUCCUGCCUAUGGAGCUGUUGUUUACCAGGACGGCUUCUAUGGUGCAGAAAUAUACGGAGGUUAUGCAGCAUACAGAUACGCCCAGCCAGCAGCCACGGCUGCAACCGCAUACAGCGACAGUUAUGGGAGAGUCUAUGCAACAGCAGACCCAUAUCACCACACGAUUGGUCCUGCGGCCACGUACAGUGUGGGUACUAUGGCUAGCCUAUACAGAGGAGGUUGCAGUCGCUUCACUCCCUACUAGAGAGAGCGAGAGAGGGACAAACGCCUCCCUCCUUCUGCCCCCCAGCAAAACAAACUAACAAACAAACAAAAACAACUUUCAAACUAAACUCAUACUUCCUGGUGGAAAACAAAAACAACUAUCAAACUCAACUCAUACUUCCUAUUGGAAAACAAAAACAACUAUCAAACUAAACUCAUACUUCCUAUUGGAAAACAAAAACAACUAUCAAACUAAACUCAUACUUCCUAUUGGAAAACAAAAACAACUAUCAAACUCAACUCAUACUUCCUGGUGGAAAACAAAAACAACCAUCAAACUAAACUCAUACUUCCCAUUGGAAAACAAAAACUAGAACAAAACACUUCCAGCUCCAAAAAACACAUGAACCCCUUGUCAAGAAUCUCUCAAAUUGAUGUCUCAUUUUAAGAGUUUUAUUUGACUAUAUGCAUUGUCUUUCAUCGCUGUAUUGUAAAUGAUGCUAUUUUGAAUUUCCUGUAUUUCUCUGGGUUGAGAUUGAUGGUUUAUUGAAUGUAAGAAAGCACAUAGUGAGAGAGAGAGAAAUUGGAGAUGAGGGAAUACAUGUAGGUCUCUCACUUUUCUCUCUCUUCAAUAAAUGUUAAAAUAUUGUCAUUAAUUGAACUCUUUCUCAUUGACAAUAGUAUUUCAUGGUGCGGUUUGCUGCCUCUGUAUAAUGUGAGUCAAUCAGAGGGAAUUCACCAACAAACAGAGAAAUGCUGCCACUGUAUUUUCCUCUCUGUAAGUGUGUGCUCUCAAACUCGGCUCCUGUGGGAUGUGUCUGUGAUUGCGGGUUUUAAUUCCAACCCAUUUUCUGUACCCUUAUUGUUUCAAUUAGUCAUUUUCCCAAUAUACAUUAAGCCCGCUAAUGGUCAGCAAUUCCAGUUUAAGCAACAAAUUUCAAACUGGGUUUUAUUAAGUAAGUAAAUGGUACAGCCGGCCAAUUUCAUCCCCUUAAGGGUAUUGGCUGGACCCAAAGCCUACAGAGCAGACCAAUAAUAACAAGCCUUUAGUUUGUAGACCUGAGACUUCUUAGGCUAAUGAGAGAAACAGAAACUCACUCAGCUGGGUGGUUGUCUCUAGCUCAGUUGAUAGAUUAUGGUGUUUGCAAACUCAAGACAGUGGGUUUGAUUCCUGUGACCACCCAUGUGUAAAGAAAUGUAUGCACUCAUGACUGUAAGUUGCUUUGGAUAAAAGCAUCUGUUAAAUGGCUUGUAUUAUAUAUAAAGAGGAGUAUGAGCUGCAACAAAAUGGCUGACAGGAUGUAGUAUUGUAGAACUCUGUGCAGGAGGAAGUGAUGUAUGGUAGUGGAGUGGAGGAGAACCAGAGACAGAAGAGAAAGCAAGACACUCGACUUGCUAAUUUCUUCUGAUAGGGGCAGGGCCACUCUGGCCUACUUAUUGCCCCCACCCACGGAGGUGGUGCCCCAGAGCGAGACAUCACACUGGCAAAAAAAUGUUGGUCGAGCAGAUCAGACAGGGCAGGUGGGGUGAGUGGGGAGGGGACACUAAGUAGACCAGAGCCAGCUGUACCCGUUCUUGCUUGAGCAUGCCAGAUAUUAUGGAGGAAAGCAUGCUCACGGGAGAGAGGGGAUGCCCACUUAAACAGACAGGAACCUUGACAAAAACAAUUCACUGGUUAACGGCCUGAGUAAACUAUCUUAUUUCUCCACCAUCUUUGGGAGAGCUAUGGCAGCCAUUGCUGUGUGGCCUGGGCAGCAGCAGCAUUGUGUCAGAGAGAGAGCAUUGAUUGUGGCACUGAGCCAGAGGCAGAAAGUAUCCCAUCUCCACAGAAUGGCUUUAAAGGUACAGCACUCUAACUUUGCUUGCACCUUGAGGAAGCUAGGCAAAUUGCAGCACAUUGUUUCCACACACAAACGGAAAGUGAGCGUACAUUUUUUGCAACCAGCAAUCAGAACGAUUUAUAUAUGUUUGACCCUUGCCCCAAUCUGCCAUUGUUGGUUGUGCUCGAGAAGGAGAUGACCACGCCUCUGAGUGACACUGGAAGAGAGGGAGGCUUCCCAGCAGAAGCCAAACUGUCUUUUGUUGUCAAAUAGAAAGGCUACAUUUUCAAUGCAAUUUGUAUGCACCCAAAAUGUUUUUUUUAGGUGGAAUUUUUUUUUUUCCACUAUUACUGCAGAUAUAUUAUGGACAUUUUCUGAAAUUACAAUGCAAAAAUAUGACAUCAUGUUCUGUUAAAGCGGAACACAGCGUUUCUUUUACACAAUGACACUUUGUAUGGUUUCCAUUUUCCUCUACCAAAUAAGCUACAGUAUCUACAAAAUAAGCAAUAAUACUUCAUGUUGAUAUUGCUGUGCAUUCUUUCAUUGGUCAGUUUUUCUUUUCAGAACGAGUCCUUAAAUAUCUCAAGUCAUUAUUUUUCGCCAUGCCAAAAUGAAUGAUUAACACUAUUCAACAAAGAGGAUGUUGAAGGGAAAUGUUGAUGGUUACUUGUGGUGUUAUCAAAAUGAUAGAUAUAUGAUUUAAGAUGAGCGAAAGGACCCUGAACUCUCUUCUUCACACUCAUUUGUUUUUUAAAGGCUGCAUGCAGUCUUUCUAAAGUCAUUUUUAAAUCAUCACUGUAUGUCUAAUAUAUCACUGUAUGUGUUUAUUUCAUUAAAAUAACUCCAAAUAUA